AUGGCAUCAUGCCUUUAUGAAUGCCUUUGUGAAGCAGAACUUGAAAAGUACUAUUCCCACUUCACUGCCUUUGGUCUUCAGAAAAUUGAUGAGCUUGCCCAAGUUUCUAUGGAAGAUUACACCAAACUGGGGGUCCAUGACAUAAAUGACCGCAAGCGUCUUUUUCAGCUCAUUAGAAUAAUAAAAAUUAUGCGAGAGGAAGGCAUUGCAGACUUAAACAAACAAGACUUAAAACCACAUGGCCUUUUCAUUCAGCCUCAGGUGACCAGGUCAGGACCCCGCAGACAGCUGCGUUUCGAGUCCUUCUGUGAGGAAAAUGAUGAAACAGUUAAAGACUCUGAAUCUGAAUUGUAUCAUUCACCUAAUAUCAGUGCCAAGGAAGAGAAGAACAGUGUAGGGGAAAUGCUGGGACACAUUCUACCACAUGAUUCAGAGCCGAUCAGAUUAACUAGAAGAGACCAAAGUAUUGCUGGAGUAGGUACAAAAAAUUACCUGAGCUGUCCAGCAGUUUCUGAUGAUAUUGCUCCUCUCCUAGGGGAUUCUGAAGCUCCUAUUGUACAAAGAGUAACUCAUAUUUCAGGUUAUAAUUAUGGACUACCCUAUUCCUCUGUCAGAUCCAACACUUUCGACAAAGAGACUCCAUGGACAGAGAGAGAAAAAAUCAGAGUGUGUGUCCGAAAACGUCCUCUCUGUAUGAGGGAGGAGAGACGUGGGGAGGUUAAUAUAAUCAGAGUGAAAGACAAAGAAACCCUACUUCUCCACGAGAAGAAAGAGGCAGUUGAUCUUACGCAAUACAUUUUACAGCAUGUUUUUUAUUUUGAUGAAGUCUUUGGGGAGUCAUGUACCAAUCACGAUGUGUAUAUGAAGACAGCAUAUCCUCUCAUUCAGCAUAUUUUUAAUGGAGGCAAUGCAACUUGCUUUGCAUACGGGCAGACUGGUGCUGGCAAGACUUACACCAUGAUAGGGAAUCAGCGGAACCCAGGACUCUAUGCCCUGGCUGCCAAGGACAUCUUUAGGCACCUGGAAGCAUCACCAUCCAGGAAAGAUCUUAUUGUUCUGAUCAGUUUUUAUGAGAUCUACUGUGGACAGCUUUAUGACCUACUAAAUGAAAGGAAAAGACUUUUUGCAAGAGAAGAUGGCAACCACGUUGUUCAGAUAGUUGGACUGCAGGAGGUUCAGGUGGAUACUGUAGAUCAUCUGUUGGAGGUAAUUUUGAAGGGGGGAAAAGAACGUAGCACAGGAGCCACUGGAGUCAACUCAGAUUCCUCUCGGUCUCAUGCCAUCAUCCAAAUUCAAAUUAAAGACACAGCCAACAGGGCAUUUGGAAGGAUAUCAUUCAUUGACUUGGCUGGCAGUGAAAGGGCAGCUGAUGCCAGAGACUCGGAUCGACAAACAAAAAUGGAAGGAGCAGAAAUAAACCAAAGUCUUUUGGCACUAAAGGAAUGCAUUCGAGCAUUGGAUCAGGAACACACACAUACUCCUUUCCGGCAAAGCAAAUUAACUCAGGUGCUAAAGGAUUCUUUCAUUGGGAAUUCCAAGACAUGUAUGAUAGCCAAUAUUUCACCAAGUCACAUAGCUACAGAGCACACCCUGAACACUCUGCGAUAUGCUGACAGGGUCAAGGAGCUGAAGAAAGGGAUUAGAUGUUCUACCCCUGUCACAAAAAGGCGUCGCAGAGCUAGAAAUAUAUCUCCAAAACAUGUCCAAAGCACUCCCUCUUUGCCACCUGGGGAAAAGAGCUCUCCAAAGAAAGUAAAGCUAGGUCUUCAGCAUCCCUCAGGUGUUACAAAACCAAAGGCAUAUGCUGCAGCACUCCAGCCACAUGGUGUCCCUCUUACCUCUACCCCCAAGGGAAUUGGCAAAGGACAUACCUACAAAGGAAAUACCAGCACUCCCUGCUUCCACCACACAACCCCAGUUAAGGGGGUCCUACGGAUAACACACCCCCUAAAGAAGAAAAAUGAUGAUCUAUCCCCCCAGCCUGAAAAGAGCCCCUCCAUGAAGGAUUUCAUUGCCUCAGCAGAAACAAAAGAGAGUGGCCAGCAAGACAAGUAUAUGCAAAACAGAACUCCUGUCCAGUGCCUGAAAGUCCAGAGAGUGCAACCUGUUCAGAAACAGCUUUUUCCUAGAGAUGAUAAUUCCUUUGGAGAUGGAAGUCUGCCCUCUGACAGUGAACAGGAAUGGGAAAAUCCUUUUGUUAAACAGUCUUUUGAACCUUGGGCAUAUCUGCCUCUGUUUCAGAAGGAAAGAGAAGAGCAUUUACGUCUUUAUCACCAGCAGUUUCAGCAGCCCCCUAUUCUAAAGCAAAAAUUGAACUAUCAACCCCUUGAGAGGUUUUUAAUGCAGUACAAGCCCGAGGAGAUUCAAGUGAAGGAGGAGCUGAGUCUUACUCCAACUGAAGUGCAGAGCAAAGAAGGGCUGCAGCUGGAAGAGCUGGAUGACAGUGAUUUCAGUGAAGAUUCUUUCUCACCUGUCUGUAGUCAAAAGAGCAUGAAAAGUGGAAAUUCCAACAAAUGCAGUCAACAUUCAUUUUUCCUUCAUGAGAGAGAACAAGGAACUGAAGAAGAGCAAAAAAGCCAAAAGCGACAGGAUUUAUUUUUUAAAUAUGCAAUACCCAUGGAAGAUCAUAGAUUGGAUUGUAGUGAGGGUAGCCCAAAGGCAGAGGAAUCCAUUAAAACUGCAGGCUGCAGCAAUACUCCUGCAGGCUGGAGCUGUGACUUAGAUGUUGAAUCCUCUCCAAGCAAUACUGCAGAAAAACCUUACUGCCUGCAGGAAGAUCCUUCUUGUAGCUGGAGAAAUGGCAAGGAUUUCCUAUCUGAUCACAAAGAGUACAAGUCCAAACCCAGAUGUCUUGUUUACUCCAGUGAAGCCACUUCAAUUUCAGAAAAGGAUGCUUCAAACCCAUAUGUAUCUCCUGUAUUGAAAUCAGGAGCUCCAGAGUGCAAAGCAACUGAUCUCCAGCAUGAGGAGAAGGAAGAAUCCACUUUGGAUAAAAAGGCUGCCCUUGCAGGAGGUAUAAAAUGGAAAGCUCAAAAAAAUGGAGCUAACCACUCUGUUUUUUCUGGUUGUUCCUCAGAAUUCACCUCUGAGCUCCUGGUGUCCCCUCUUGAUGGUGAGGACACAAGUGAAACAGAGAAAGCUUCUUCCAACCAAGAGAAGCCUCCCUGCCAGAAGCAGGUGCCAGACAGUGAAGGCCAGAGCAGGUUUGAGGAGGAGGGCUGGCAGUGCACCAGGAGCAGAUCUCUGACUGACAGCAUGCUGGAGCUGGGGGAGCAACCCCACCAGAGGGGAAGGCUCUGUGCCCUGCUGGGCUCCCCUCGAGCCUUGCACAAGCCGCUCCCACCCACCUGCGGCCUCGUGAAGCCAUGCUGCUGUCACCUGGGAUUGACUUUGUCCAAGAAGGGAGUCCGGCGCAGUUUGUUUGUUGGGCAUGACACGAUGGAAACAUCCACAGCUGCAUCCACAGCUGGAUCUGCAGCUGGAUCCUCGGUCCCCAGGCCAGAGAGAGAGAGUGGGGGGCUUUGCAGUGACUCCCCCUGCAAAGAGCACUUGGGAGGCAGAUGGUGUGGCGCUGAUGUUAAUCAGCAUAACAAUGCUGGUAAUUCAGGGAAGUUUAACUCAAGUCAAGGGCACCGUGAUGAUGAAAUAAAUGCUGAAAUACCUGAAAAGAGCUAUGCAGCCCAGUCCCCCUCUCGGGAGAGCAGCCUGCUGCUGCAGCCCAAGCCAGGACUGAGGAAUGAGGACCUCACCCGUUCUGAAGACCUUUCCAAGCUGUCAUUCAGCAAUGAGGAAACAGGGUUGCUGAAAACCAAGUUAAAGCAGAGUAUUUUUGCACAAGAGACUUUUGCUGCAGAUGCAGGAUUUGCAACCAAAGAUAAUAAGCCAAUAGCAAAUGCAAAGUGCUCCUCACACGUGUCCAGCAGCAGCUCUCCAAAUGCUGCAUCAGCGAUGGGGAAAUGGCAGAGGGAAGCCCUAGAAAAGGCACAACAGGCUGUAAUUCGUGCUCAUCGGCAGCAGCUGAAUGAAAUGGCAUGCUUGUGCUUCAAAGAGGAGUGCUUGAUAAAUCAGAUGUCAGCAAUGGAUUUUCAGAAUUUCAUGACCAUGCUGGAUGAAAUCUUGGUACUGAAGUCAAAAUGUGUCCAAGUGAUGCGAGCCCAGCUUCAGCUCUGUUUAGCCUCCCCUGGCACUGACACAUCACUGGAAGCACCUCCACCAGUUUAG